UGUUAUGGUAAAAAGGUAAUCUUAAAUAUUUAAACCUAAUUUUGAUGAUUAUAAUGUCAAAAUAUAAAUAAAAUAUGGUAUAACAAAAGUAGAUAUAGAUAUGAUAAAUGCAAACUUUAAAAAAAUUUAGUAAAAUUAAUAAGAAUAUUUAUAAUUUUACUAACUACUUGAAAUUUUAAAAAAUCUUAAAUUAAAUGUUGAUAUUGUUACUAAAAAGUAAAUAUUUAAAGAAAUGGAAGAUAAAUAAAUAAAGUAAAUAAAUUUAGAUACAGUUUAUUUAAUUGUAGGUGUUAUAAGAUAAAAGCAAUCUAAAUAAUAAGAAGAAAUUGAAGAAAGUGAUGCAAAUGAAUUUAGUAUUUAUUUAUAAUUAAAAAUAUAUCUAGAAUUUAUAUAAAAAGUUGAUGCUUUUGUUGCAUUAGGUGGUAAUAAUGAUUUAACAGGAAGAAUUUAAAAGAAAACUAUUUUAAAAAUUAUAAAGGAAGAAUUCGAUUUAUCGUUUGACUUAGAUUAAUUUAUGGAAAAAAUAGAAUAGAGUAGCGAUGAGCUUGAUUUUAAUAUGUUCUGUAGUUUAUUUGAAAAUUAAGAAGAUAGAAAAGGAAAUAAUACUAAAGCUUCAAGCUUACUUUCAUUAAAAGUCUAAUAAAAGCAAAAACUCUGUAAAAUCCGUUAGGGUUAGAUAUAGAGAUUUCGAAGAGUUUUGUAGAAAAUAAGACGGAAACUUAUGAAAAUGAAUAUUAUAUUAUAUAACAUAUCAAAAUAAAAAAUUAUAU